CACGAUGCGCCGCGUCCUCCGGCUGCUUCUCGGCUGCUUCCUCACCGAGCUGUGCGCCCGCGUGUGCCGGGCGCAGGAGCGAGCGGGGCACGGGCAGCUGGCGCAGCUGGGCGGCGUGGUGGUGCUGACGGGGGGCAACCGCUCCGGGGCCGCCUCGGGAGAGGUCGGCGAGGGCGUGGGGGUCUCGGACGCGCCCCCGACCCGGGCGCCCACGCCGGACUUCUGCCGGGGCUACUUCGAUGUCAUGGGCCAGUGGGACCCGCCGUUCAACUGCAGCUCGGGCGACUUCAUCUUUUGCUGCGGGACUUGUGGCUUCCGGUUCUGCUGCACGUUUAAGAAGCGGCGACUGAAUCAGAGCACCUGCACCAACUACGACACUCCGCUCUGGCUCAACACCGGCAAGCCCCCCGCGCGGAAGGACGACCCCCUGCACGACCCCACCAAGGACAAGACCAACCUGAUCGUUUACAUCAUCUGCGGGGUGGUGGCCGUCAUGGUGCUGGUGGGCAUCUUCACCAAGCUGGGGCUGGAGAAAGCGCACCGGCCCCAAAGGGAGCACAUGUCCAGGGCCCUUGCAGACGUGAUGAGGCCCCAGGGCCACUGCAACACUGACCACAUGGAGAGAGAUCUCAACAUUGUGGUUCACGUCCAGCAUUAUGAGAACAUGGAUACCAGAACCCCCAUAAAUAAUCUUCAUACAACCCAGAUGAACAACGCAGUGCCCACCUCCCCUUUGCUCCAGCAGAUGGGCCACCCACAUUCCUAUCCCAGCCUGGGCCAGAUCUCCAACCCUUACGAACAGCAGCCGCCAGGCAAAGAGCUCAAUAAGUACGCCUCCUUGAAGGCAGUUGGAAGUUCUGAGGGUGACUGGACAGUGGCGACACUUAAGUCACCGAAAGCCGACAAGGUAAACGAUGACUUCUACUCCAAGCGGCGGCACCUGGCUGAGCUGGCUGCCAAGGGGAACUUACCGCUGCAUCCUGUGCGAGUGGAGGAUGAGCCGCGGGCUUUCAGCCCUGAGCACGGCCCCGCCAAGCAGAAUGGACAGAAGUCCCGCACCAACAAGACGCCCCCCCACCCCCUGGCCUACAACUCCACAGCCAACUUUAAGAGCUGGGACCCCAAGGAUCAGUCUCUCCGGCGGCAACAGGCUUAUGGGAAUAAGGGCAAGCUUGGCACGGCUGAGUCAGGCUCCAGCGACCCCUUGGGAACUCGCACCCCGCACUACCCACCCCCACAGCCAUACUUCAUCACCAACAGCAAAACGGAAGUGACUGUCUGAGCUGUCGCCACAGGGGACAUCCUGGAGACCACACUCAACUGAGAGAGGCAAAAAAUACCCCAGCCCACGUCUUCCCUGUCCCCCGCCAGCACACCCACCUUCACACUCACCCUCCACACCAACUGAUGAUAAACCUACUGGUGACAUGGAAUCAUGCUUUUCCUGCGUCCUGCCUAAUGCGUGUCGGUGGGCAGCUGAGCAAGACUGGAGCGUGGACGGUCCACAGUACAGCCAAGGGGUAACUUGAGGCACCCUCUUUCAACUUCAGGGCUGAGGUGGCCGACCCACACGCCCAAACCAUGGGGCUGAUUUUUUUCUUUUCCUCCUAACUUGAAACUGAAAUCCAUGAUGGAAAAAAAAAAAAAAAAAGGUAGCACAAUUUAGAGAAAUUGUCCAGUUGAGCACAUAUACCAUUUACCACGUGUUGUCUGUUUCUGGGUGAAAAAGUGAGAAAAGGGUGGAAAGGGUGGGGUAGAGAAAAGGGGUCGUGUGUGCCCAUGAUAAGCAUUUCCUAAUCCCAGGAAGUAGUGAUAUGGACACAAAACUUUGCUAAGCACGAGAUAGUAACUGGACCCCACCACCAUCACCAUGCUUUUAGUACUUUUCAUAUCAUCAAGAUUGGAAGCAAAAACAACAUACACUCAAACUCACAAAAAAUAAACAGACCCUGAACCCACCUACGGUGAUGGGAAAGAGAGGACAUUUUUAGACAACUCCCAUAAAGACCGUGGAAAUGGGAGGGGUAGGCUUGUAUGGCAGGAAAAGGGUCCAGAGAGUCUUCAAUAACUAUUUUUUAAAAAAGAAAAAUACAGUAGGAUCCCACUACCACAUAGACAAGAACAGCAAAGUAAUUUUGGUCCAACAUUUUCAAGACCUAGAAAAUCAACAUCAUCAUCAAGAACAAACAAAAUUCACAGUUGAGAUGUCAACGAGAGGCGAGAAGGGGACGCAGAGCCUGUGAUCUCUGGCAUUGCCCCCUUGCCUCUGAGAUAAGAAACAGACACAAACCCCAGUUCUCUGUUAACUGUCUAUCCCUGACUCCCUUCCCUUUCAGCCUGUUGCUGCCGCCGCCGCUGCCGAAUUUCAACUGCUUUGGACUGAAAAUGUCAUAAGCGUGGGUGGUGCCUUCAAUGUGUCACUGUUGAAUGACAGUCUUGUUUCUCAAGUGCAACCUGUGUUCUUUCACCUUCCUCCCUCCUGUCUUUCUGCAGUAGUAGAAGUUGUUUCCAUCCUCCUUUUGUUGGUGAGCCCACCCCAUCACACACUCUGAGGGGGCUGUUGCAACUUGCAAAGACCAAGACCUCCUUACAACCCACACCCUCAAAACUCCAUGAGUCCCAUGAUCUUUUAGCUUCCCAAGCAUUUCUGGGUCCCAUCAUUCCCACUGUCCCUCCAAACCAACUCCCCAGAUACUGUGGUGCAUUCAUCCCGAUUCAUGAUCCCCCGAGGUGGGUAUUCAGAUUGGUUCUCAUAGCUAAAGGAUGUCCCAACAAAGACAGUUUUCCUGCUAGUUUGAUUUGCUUGGUGGUGGUGGUUUAGUCGUUAAGUCAUGUCCGACUCUUGCCAUCGCAUGGACUAUAGCCUGCCAGGUUACUCCAUCCAGGGGUUUUCCUAGGCAAGAAUACGGAGUGGGUUGCCAUUUCCUUCUCUGGGAGAUCUUCCCCAUCCAGGGAUCAAACUUGCAUUUCCUGCAUUGUCAGGCAGAUUCUUUGCCACUGAACCAUGAAGGAAGCUGAUUUGUUUAGUGGAAGUCCAAAGCGGGGAACUGACAGAGAAGAGAUUUGCAUUUAAUGUGAGAGGUUUUCAAUCAGUCCCUCAAGGGUUUGGCUAAUUAACAGGAGCCUCGGAGAGACCCCUAGGUCUGCAGUUGUCAGAAACUAAAUGUGGUCUGGUCUGACAAGACCCUUCCUGGAAUGCUGGACUUCAGCAUUCUGCCUCCUCAUCUCUGCACUCUGACGUCAUGGCAUCAGGGAAAAUGUUUAUUCCUUACUCCCGGCUGAUCUGGGGAUAUGCACCAUGCAUUUCAUCUCUCUGGGCUUUAGUCUUCCAUUUACUAUGUGGGGAAUUGGGGAAGAGAUCAAGAUUUUCAAGCUUUCUGAAAAUGAAAAUGAAAAAAAAUGAAAUCGUGCCCAGAAGACCUCCUUUUGGAUCCCUGUGCAGACCAAGGCUCUGCGCUAGAUGAAGCAGAGAUGGGGGUUUCAGUGCUUGCUUUCUCAGCCUCUCGGCUGAAGUCCCAGCGCUCCCCACUGUAAAGUAAACACGGUGGGGCUUGGUCAGUGUCUCCUUGAUGUUAGUUAUCUGUGUACUUGCAACACACUUCUGGCAUGUCUGUGUGUCCCUGUCACAAUACUUGUACCUAAAUUGAUGCAUUUUUCAUAACUUUUUACAUGACCAUAUAAACAGCAUUGUCAUGUACCUAAAAAAGAAACAGCCAGAAAACAGCACAGAUACUUAAAAUGAAAAGAGAUCAACAUUUGUUAAACAUAUACACAACAACCAUCUAGCAUUAACUACACAGAACUCCAAGACAUUUCUGACAAAGGAAGGUCUCAGACUCAUUUCUUUCCAAGUGGGAAUGGAGGGAAAUGCAUAGUUAUUUAUAAUAUGAGGGCCAUUUUUCAUGCAUAUAGUAUCUUCUAUGUCUUAUGGGUUUUCAUUAUUAGUGUUCUAACUUCAAUAAAUAAGUUAUUUGAAAUCAGAUUUAGAGAAUAUUAGACCUUCCCUUGUAAUCUUCAGUGACAUUUAUUUAGUAUAUGGCUCUAUGUGUCCUGAGUCUAGUGGCUUUGAAUAAAGAAUGUAUAAAAAGUGCUGGUGUUAGAAUCAGGGGAGCAGGAAGUGUUAUUUGCUAACAUUACCCAGAGACCUGCUUAAUUUCAGUGAUAAAUUGGUGCAUUUUUAAUACAUUUACCUUCUGAAAGGAAAACUUCCUGCCAGUAUCAUAAAUAGAAAACCAGUAUUCCUCAGUGGCAGCCAUCCUAACCAGGAAGUAAGUGUAAAAUUAUUAAGUUCUGAUUACAGACUAUUGCGCAUGGAAGGGUCCGAGCCUGACCUUUGCUUCCCACUUUCUCUUCCUUCCUUCCCUCCUCUCUUCCUCUCCCCUUUUCUUUAUUGUUAUUGUUGGUUUUCAGUUGCUUAGUCAUGUCUGACCCUUUGCGACCCCAUGGACUGUAGCCCGCCAGGCUCCUCUGUCCGUGGGAUUUCCCAGGCAAGCAUACUGAAGUGGGUUGCCAUUUCCUUCUCCAAGGGAUCUUCCUGAUCCAGGGAUCGAGUCCUCGUUUCCUGCUGGCAAGCGGACUCUUUACCACUGAGCCAUCAGGGAAGCCCUUUUCUUUAUUCAAAACAGAUUAGCAGACAUUCAAGAGUCGCUGAAGAUAUUCUAGCCCCCAGUGGAGACUUUGUCUUUGAAGUAAUCAAAUGGACUGACGAAAGUGAAAAAGGAAUCAUUUCCUACGUGAAAAUGUUAAUUAGUGCCCUAUGCAUGUACUACUUAAAUUCGUCUUGCAUUUGCUAGUGGUACACAACACGUGCUUCAGGAAAUACAGGAUUGGCUCAUUUGGUGAGGUUUCCUUCAGCUCAGAAGUUCUCUCAUUCUAGUCUCCCAUUUAGCUGGUUUCUGCUCCCUGCCCUCAAUCCCUAUUGUGUGACCUUUACCCCAGCCCUGAUUAAGGAUCUUUCUUGGUCUCUGAAUCUACAGGAUGUAUUCGUCAUGUUCCUUCUCUUCCAAGUAAACUGCCUCCAGUGAAUUUUGUUAGUUGGGAGUCCGCAGCUAUAAUUUUGGCAGUGAAGUUGCAGCAUGGUCCAUAAGAAGUAGCAGUGGUGAGAAUCCAAGAACAGUAUUGGGUUGGCCAAAAUUUUCAUUUGGGUUUUUCCGUGAGGUGUUACAAACUUUUUGGCAAAUCCAAUACUUAGCCUCGUUACCUCCCUCUUGGCUUUGGGAGCUGAACUCAUGUGGGGGGAGUGAGGGAAGUUUAUUUUUUGGCUUCUUCUAGGGAGAGUGGACAGACCUUUUGAUACUGGAAGAGUACCCUGAAGGAUGACCUGUAGAACUAUGAUGGCCGUGUAUCAGCAAGGAUCCUCUAGCUAGAAUGGGGAGACUUAGAAGACAGAAACUGGAACACAGCAGGGAGACCACCUUCUCAUCCCAUGCCCUGGCUCUUGCCUCUACUUAUUCUUAGCUACUCCCCCACUUCCAACCCAGUGGGACCAGAAUCUGACUUCUCUUUGCCCUCCAGAAUAUCUCAUCCUUCAUCCGCCUUGGGCUCCACCUGGCAUCCCCAUCUAACUCUCCCCAGGUUCUUUUUGUGUGUAAAUGGAGCAUAUUUUAUGUGCAAAUAUUUUAGUAACCGUAUGUUCUGCAAGUAAACCUGUGUUAAUACUUGUCAACAACUGCAGAGUUUAUGAUACCAAUAAUACUUCCUACAAUGAUGAAUAAAAACAUUUGUUUGUUUUCUAAGAAUGUUUAUUUGUAAACAUAUGUAUUCACUAUAUUAAUAUGAAUUUCUUACCUGGCAAUAAAACUGAUUAUAUGUGA